GCUGACACCAGUAGCUACUACGUUCAGAGCACCACCUCGCAAAGUGAACUUGACCAUACAAACCACACCGCCCAUACUCACUCCGUCAAGAUGUCUGAGCGCAAAGUCCUUUCGAAAUACUACCCGCCCGACUUCGACCCGUCGCAGUUGACCAAGAAGAAGGGUCCAAAGCAGGUCGGGCCCAAGGUCCAAACCGUCCGUCUCAUGGCCCCCUUCAGCAUGAAGUGCACCAGCUGCGGCGAAUACAUCUACAAGGGCCGCAAGUUCAACGCGCGCAAGGAGACGCCCGAGAACGAGAAAUACCUGGGCAUCCAGAUCUUCCGCUUCUACAUCCGCUGCACCCGGUGCAGCUCCGAAAUCACCUUUAAGACGGACCCCAAGAACCAGGACUACACGUGCGAGCGCGGGGCCAAGCGGAACACGGAACCAUGGCGCAAGGUCGAGGAUGAGGACGAGACGGACGAGCAGCGGCUGGACCGGCUCGAGAAGGAGGACGAGGAGCGCAACGCCAUGGAGGAGCUCGAGGCCAAGACCAUCGACGCCAAGCGGGAUAUGGCCGUCGCCGACGCCCUGGACGAGAUCAGGACCCGCAACGCGAGGAUGGAGCGCGCCAAUCACGACGGCAUGCUCGGGGACGCCAACCUCGCCAGGCCGGAUGAUGAGGCGCGGCGGCUGGAGGACGAGGAGGACGAGGAGGCCUACAGGAAGGCCAUCGCGGCCGCCAAGGCACAGCAGGAGACGUGGGAAGUGGUGGAAGAGGAGGACAGUCCCUCUGCUGGUGACUCGGUCCCAAGUAGUAACGGCAAUGGGAACGGCGUCAAGAGGAAGGCGCCGGAGGAGGAGACGACAGCGUCUUUCAGCUUCAAGAAGCAGGCAAAAAAGAAGGAGCAGGUUCUCAUCCCGGGCCUCAAGAUGGGACCCCCGCCUACACCUGCCGCAAAACCGGCUCCGGCUCCGGCCCCGGCUCCGGCUGCUCCGGCAGCAGCUAAGGCCAAGGCGGUUCUAGUUGAUUAUGGAUCGGACAGUGAUUAAGCACAUGUUUAUUACGGCGUCUAGGAGUCAAAAGUUACGAUACCCAAAAUGGUGGAACGAUUUCGGUUUGUCCAGAUGGACAUAACAGAAGGCGAUGCCGUCCGUCGGAUCAGCUGCCACAAGUGCGGUCUACUCGCCACUAAUGCCUGGGAAAGAAGAAAAAAGCAAAUUACAAGUGACAGACACGUUGAUAGCACCCACAGCGCGCCGGGCAGCUGGUUCAGGCCAGGAUCCGGCUAACCGUCCAACAUCCCUACGACACCCACCCGUGGAGAUUAGGUGGAGCCGACGAGAACAGGCUUUGGUGUCGGCAGGACAACCGUGGCACUUUGGGCCCGAGUCAAGAAUGUGCAUGAGCACAGUCGAAUAUCACCCCAUGUGUGCUGCUAGUGUACUGUGGACGAGGAUUCAAACAAGGCGAGGGGGGCGCCGGGCCUGUCCUUCUCGGUCUUCAACCGGAACCUGCUACUGUGUGCUGUCAGGACUCCUAAACAAGUCCACAAUUUCUUCGAGGGCGAAGGCUAGCUGCGCAAAUGCUGCGUACUUGCGCUGGCGACAAUGUCCAAGGAGACCCGACGGUCUAAGACCGCGCGGUAUCGGGGCACAAAACACGAAAUGCGGUCCGGGCAUGGAUUCUCUUGAUUACCUCGAAACAGUGACACGCAUCACGACGUGAUCCUCCGCAAUAAAUAGCGGAAAGGCGCCAAGGCUGGUGUAGCAGUCAGUGUCUGGGACCUACGGACGCAUUGGUCCCUCCGUCCGCCCGUCCACACGGCGGUGCCUCACAGGCCUUGGGGGUUAAAAGAACUUCCCAGGUUUGGCGCGGUAGCCUGUACUUGAUGGAAGAUUGCCAUAUGCAUGAUGAGGGUGAUCGAAUACCCACAUGCGGGCGAGGACUCACCGAAGAAGAGAGCGGCUGCAGCCCCUGGCAGUUACCUUGGGGAUAGGACUCGGAUCGAACCUCCGAAAGUUCAUUUAAAGCUGUCAGGCUGAAAAGGCAGGAGAAUUUAGGGCAGUUUGUGCGGACAGACACGGAUAGACAGGAAAACCGGGCGGGGGGUUGGAAAUGGCAACUACAGUACUUCUGCGGAUCUUGGGCAUCUUCUUGCGAGCCCACGAAUGGGUGUACACACCACGCGCACCCAGAAGCCGGUCUCUACCGCUGGGCUCAGCAUGCUUCUUGGCAGGAACUGCGGCCGUGGAAGAGGAGGGGGCGUCUAACGGAGCACUGUGGAAAUCGAUUGUAGAAAUUGUCAGUACGCACCAGUCGCCGGGGUUGGCCGGGGCAUUGGACAAGGCAUUGAGGGGGCCAACGUAUGAUUUUGGGAGCAACAAAGCAUCUUUGCAAUGGUCAUGAGAGAGUUCACUGAGGCAU